CUUCCAUCUCGACCUUCUGAAGACGGUGGGAUGAACUCUCUAAAUUUCUAAGAGCCUUCAAUAGACCUGACAGCCUUUGUACAGUUCUUAUUUCCUAUCCUCCAGGUGAUCGCCGCGAAUUAUAUACGUUCAGCACACCCAUUCGACAAUUCUACCCCGUCACAGCCUUGGUCAUGGCGAAAGACUUCGUUCCUGCGCCAGCGGCGCCCACGUUCAAAGAAGCUCUGAAGGAGGACAAGUAUCAGUAUGACGACUGCACACCCUGCAGAGUGAUAGGGAGUGCAGCGUUCAUUGGACUCGGAACAUUCACCUAUAUUACCGGACACUCUCAACUGAAGGCACAAGAGAAGGUGAUUCUGCAAAGUAAGAGCCUGUUUGGGAUGCGAAGUCGUAGGAUGGGCAUUACGAGCAUGGCGGCAGGCAUGAUCGGGCUGGGGCUCUAUCGAUGGUUCGCGUAGGGCAUUCACGAGUGGAAAACCUGGACCUCUUCGCGGAUCCAAGAAGAUGAUACAUCGCAUAGGCAUAUGCAACGAGGGAUACAUUUGGGCAUAGCGAAUGGCGCUUCUGUUCGGGACGGUUUCGUCCUCUACCUCUCUACGACCUGUAACAUCACUGUACAAAAUGCAAAAACUAUCACGAAAUACACGAGUUUAUCGAGCAAUAUCUGUCUCAAUUAAAUCCGAUAGACCAUGAGCCUAACUCGGCAUGCUACCCUUUAAUAGAUUCCUCCCCUUGC